AGGCGGGGUAUAAAUAGCAGGCAAACGAAGGCUCUGCAGCUCCGGCGGGUCUGUCUCCUGGGAAAGCGACAAAGCGAGAAGAGGAGGGCGCAGCCAAGGGGACCCCCGGCUGAAGCCCAGCCAUGUGGGCUGGGCUGGGGUUGGCCCUGGCUCUCUGUCUCCUCCCAGGAGGAGGGACAGAGAGCCAGGGUCCAAGCACCCGAUGUCAAGAGCCUCCAGACUGGCGAAUUGGGGAACAAAAUCCAAUGCUGGACUCCAGAGGUUCUGUGACCGUGGUGGCUCUUCUUCAAGCCAGCUGAUACUUGUGCCUGUUGCAGGCUUCCCGCCUGGAUGACCUGCGACUGAAGCUAGAAAGUGAUGGCCUGACCAAUGUCUCCUUUAUCGUGGUCAACCAUAAAGCGCAACAUUCUCAGCUGAAGUUUCACCAUCUAAGAGAAAGGAUUUCGGAAAACAUUCCUGUAUACCAACAAGAUUCAAAACAGCCUGAUGUUUGGACACUUCUCAACGGAAAGAAGGAUGAUUUCUUGAUCUAUGACAGGUGCGGCCGUCUCGUGUAUCACCUUGGUUUGCCUUAUACUUAUCUCAGUUUUCCAUAUGUGGAAGAAGCCAUUCAGAUCACAUACUGUCAAUCCAAAUGUGAAAACUGUACUGACUUGACAACAGAGGAUGAAGAAAUAUGCAAGAAUAUAUCAAAGUCAACUGAAGCAGCACCUCACCACCACCUCGCCCCACAUGGGCAUCAUGGCCAUAGACAUGGGUCCUCAUCAAACCAUCGGCGGCAUAACAAGGGUGUGGAGCACAACAGAGAGGGUCAGGCAGGUAGCCAGGUUGUAGCCAACCCACAGGAGGGAAUAGCAGACGUUCCUCCACAAGGGAAGAGGCUCUGACGAAAGGGAAAUGCCAUUUGCAACCGACAGUUGAGCUGAAACUGGCAGCAGCUGUUAAGGGAAACAUCAGGUAGUUGAUGCUGACACUGACGACACUUGUUGUUUGAAGAUCUGAAUAGUGUCGCCUCCUGACAUUGUCGUGGAGAGCUGCCAUCUUCCUGCAGGUGACAGGGGCAGCUGUUGGCAGAAAAUGUCUCUGAGUCUUGACAGUGACGACUGCCAACAGCUGUUUGACAGCCACAAGCAGUGAGUGCGGUUGAGCCCUCUGAUGCCUGACAGUGAGCAGGAAGAACGGGUAACUGAGCCUGAAAAACCGUCUAAACACCUUAAAUUUACUGUUGGUUCCAUGAUAAUGCAAAUAUUGAUACCAUCAGAUUACAACAACAAAAA